AUGUACUCCAUGUUGAGACAAAUGCAGCUGCGCUGGAGCGGCCAUCUGGUGCGCAUGGACGACGAGCGGCUACCCAAACGACUCUUCUACGGAGACGUCGCGACGGGUUCUCGUCGUCAAGGAGGCCCAAUUCGUCGAUACAAGGAUACCCUGAAGUCCUCCCUGAAGCUACUGCAAAUCAACCCGACCAACUGGGAAGAGCUCGCCUGCGAUCGUCCGGCAUGGAGGAGAACAGUGAAGACUGGCGCUGCUAUCCACGAAGCCAACCGCAUCGCUGCCGCCAAAGUGAAACGCGAAGCCCGCAAAUCACAACUUCGCCCAACACGCAACGCCGCCGCACAACCGCUCCCUACGUGUCCUCGAUGUCAACGGACAUUCCGGGCACGAAUCGGACUUGUUGGACAUCUUCAGAUCAACUGCACCUCUCGAACUGCUCCAGCCAUCGUCCCCCCGCCCGCCUCUUCCUCCGCUCUUCCGCCAACUAACUCUGACACUCCUUCUGCACCACCACUUCCAUCCUCCUCCUCCUCCUCCUCCUCCUCCUCCUCUGCCUCCUCUGCCUCCUCUGUCUCCUCUGGCUCCUCUGCCUCCUUCUCUUCCUCUUCCUCCACCACCACCCCCACCACCACCACCGCCCCAACGGCGGCCGCUCAGGCAGCCGUCUCGCACAUCACCGACCGCGACACAACAACCGGCACCACCCCCGCCUCUCCUGACUCCAGCAAUGAGAAUCAGGACUACACCUGCCCUCACUGCGAUCGCACCUUCACCUCACGUAUCGUCCUGGUCGGUCACUUGCGAAUCCAUCGCAGAGAGACCGGCGAACCAGUGCCUGAAGCACCAACCUACAACCACCGCACUCGCCUACACUGCCCACACUGCCCUUGCACCUUCACGCAUCGCAUGGGUCUAUUCGGCCAUAUGCGCAUCCACGAGAGCGGAAUCGACCACAAUUCCGACACACCAACCACGCCCAUCAUGCCCAUCACAACCCUCGCACCGUCCAUCUGCGCCACCACCAACGCCUCCUCUGUAGCUGAUUCUGACACCGCCGACUUCACGCGCCCACACUGUCCACGCACAUUCACCUCACGCAUCGGCCUGGUCGGUCACUUGCGAAUCCAUCGCACAGAGACUGGCGAACCAGUGCCUGGAUCACCAACCUACAUCCACCGCACUCGCCUCCACUGCCCACACUGUCCUCGCACUUUCAGGCACCGCAUGGGCCUAUUCGGCCACAUGCGCAUCCACGACGACCUGCGGUAG